AUGCUCCUCGAAGUCCUCUUCCACAUCCACAGCUUCACCAUAACCCGCCCUUCACGCCCUCUAGACGCACCAUUCCACACAGGCUUCCAAGACCCCGUGGCAAAUAUGACGGCGCGCAAAAACGCCGUCCUGCUUAUGCUCGCCCGCAACUCGGAAGUUAGUGGCGCGGUAGACAGCGUCCGCAGCGUGCAGAAGCAGUUCAACGAUCAUUUCGGGUACCCGUGGAUCUUUCUCAACGACAAGCCAUGGAGUGAAGAGUUUAAAGAGAAGGUUAGCGAAGCAGUGCAAAACACAUCCGCCGCAGGGCACGUGAGUGUGGAAUUCAACACUAUACCAAAGGACAUGUGGAGGGUACCCUUCGUGGAUCGACCAAGACCGUGCAAGACGCAACAUGAAGGCCAUGGAGGAAGACAAAAUUCAAUAUGCCGCCCAAGAAGGAUACCACCACAUGUGUCGCUUUCAAUCAGGGUACGUACACUCUUCAACCCUCCAUCCCAACAACCCUCAACACCACAGAACCCCUCUUUCUAA